CACAAUAUUCCUCGACACACAAAAAAGUCAUUAUUUGUGCCUUGAAAUUGUGUUUUCUGAAGUUGCUCUUUUCUGACAUUUAAUCAAAAAGAGGAGACUAAAACGGCAACAUUUGGUUCACACAGACUGCAUGGAGACUUCCUACACUCCCUUUAAGUGAUUCGCUCGCCGUGCACACAGUUGAACCAAUCCGACAGAGACGAAAGGGCUAGCAGGAGACAUGGCCGGAAUUGAGGAGCUUUCCCCUUCCGCGGGCCCGGUGUCUGUUCGGCCCCCCGAGGACGAGAUUGACGACGACGAAGAUGAAGAUCUGGAUGAGACACUGAUAGAGAGGUUGUGGGGCCUGACAGAGAUGUUUCCUGACACAGUUCGCACCGCUGCAGAGGUGUCUGCACAAUGCUCUCUCUCGCUGGCCAAGAAGUUCUACAGUUUUUCCCGCACGGCGCUCUGGGUGGGUACUACCUCCUUCAUGAUCCUGGUGCUGCCUGUUGUGUUCGAGACAGAAAGACUACAGCUGGAGCAGCAGCAGCUACAGCAGCAGAGACAGAUCCUGUUGGGGCCCAACACCGGAAUGUCUGGUGGGAUGCCAGGCAUGAUGCCUCCUGCACCUGGCAAGAUGUGAGAGACUGAACGGCCCUGGUGAAUCUGAGAUUGGCUCUUUGCAAUACUGCGUGGCCGGUCGCAAGGAGAGACAGAGAGAGACCAUGGGGAAGGGCAAAGAACUGCAGUUAAAAUAAAAGUAAACAGCGCAACAUUAGACCCACUCCAACGUAUUGGAUUGGAAUUGGAGGAGGAGGAUGUGAUGCGUUUAUAUCGCUUCUCUCUCACUGUCUCUCCUUACUGCAGCAUCAUACAGAGACUUCCAGGAGCACUGCUAUUUUUUUCAUUUAUUUUUUAAAAUAAAGACUUAUAUAAACAUAAUAAUGUUUUCUUUAGGGGAUAGCAGGUGGAUCGAGUGAAAGAGGAACAUUUGGAGGUUACCAGUUGUAUGUUUUGCUGCUUCCACUUCUAUGUGGAGAAUUCUGUUAAUAAAACUUGUGACAGACUG